GAUCUUUUUCUAGUCUUUGAUGCAACAGCCUGCUGCGGGUUACAUCAAGCCUGCAGAAAAUCCCUCGGUUUUCUCAUCCCUUGUUUUCCAGACAGCCGGCACCUCCUCCGGGUCCAGGCGACGCGCGCCGCAGGUGAGCCAAAUCCCGGCCUAUUUGGGCCGGAGAUUAAUUUCUGUCUAAAUUAGAGAUGCUGUCUGGGUUAAAAGGCUGAGGUGGGGGGAGGCAGAGUCGAGCCCGUGGUCUGCGUGCUGUUUUAGGCGCUUCCACUUAAGGCACCCCGCUCGCCCCUUCACGGCUCGGAGCCGCCGGCGCCGCGCUCCGUGAGGAGGAAGGCGGGAGCGGAGGGGCCGCGUUCCGUGAGGGGGAAGGCGGGAGCGGCGGAGCCGCGGUGCGAGGGCGAGCGCUCCGAAGGGACCCGGUGGGCGGCGGGGCACGGCCGCCUCCCCCUGAGGAGCCGAGGGAGCCGGCGGGCUCCGUCCCGCGCCCGCCCCGCCGCGAUCACGGGUCGCCGCCCGCCUCCCCCGCCCCGUGACAGCCAAGAUGGCGGCGGAGGGGAGGGGGGAUCCCGCCUGAGCCGCCCACACGGCGGGAGGCGGCGGGGGCGAGCCGGGCUCCGCUGGGAUGAGAUAAGGGCGCGGGCACCGAGCGCGCUGCCCCCCGAACCCCUUCACCGCCCGCUCCUCGCCCGGGGAGCGCGGCCCCUGCCUGAGGGAAUGAAACUUUAACAAGAAGUCUGUGUUAAAGCCUGGCUGACAGCAAGAGAGGAAAAGCAUAGAAGCAAUGUCCUGAUGAAAAGAAGCUGUAGCACCUUGUGAUGGAAGAUGGAAGACAAAGGGGCCCGUGUUGCUGAUUACUUUGUUGUGGCAGGACUAACGGAUAUCUCAAAGCCGCUGGAGGAGGAGAUCCACUUCAACGAUGCCUGCCAUAAAAUCGCCAGACCCAAGGAGCCCAUCACAGAUGUGACAGUCCUUAAUAAAACCCUGGGGGAGGAGGUUCCCCAGGGCUAUAAAUGCAUAGAUGUCACUCCCUCGGGCCUGUCUGCAGAUCUCAAUAAUGGCAGCCUGGUAGGACCCCAGAUGUACCUUUGUUAUCGGCGAGGGAGGGAUAAGCCUCCACUUACUGAUUUGGGGGUUUUAUAUGACGGGAAAGAAAGAGUAAAGCAAGGCUGUGAAAUCAUUCAGAGCACCCCGUAUGGGCGGCUUGCCAACAUCAGCGGCAGCGCCUCGUCCCAGCGCGUGUACAUCACCUACCGCAGGGCCUCCGAGAACAUGACCCAGAACACCCUGGCUGUCACUGACAUCUGCAUCAUCAUCCCCAGCAAAGGAGAGACUCCCCCACACACCUUCUGCAAGGUGGACAAGAAUCUGAAUAACAGCAUGUGGGGCUCUGCAGUAUAUUUAUGUUAUAAAAAGUCUGUGGCAAAAACCAACACCAUAUCAUACAAAGCUGGUUUAAUAUGCAGAUAUCCUGAAGAAGAUUAUGAAUCAUUCCCAUUACCAGAAUCUGUGCCUCUUUUUUGUCUCCCUAUGGGUGCAACAAUUGAAUGUUGGCCAUCUAACAGUAAAUACCCUCUCCCAGUUUUUUCUACAUUUGUACUAACUGGAGCUUCUGCAGAAAAGGUAUAUGGUGCUGCUAUUCAGUUUUAUGAACUGUAUCCUGAAGAGAACCUCACAGAGAAACAAAAAUCUCAGCUGGGAUUAGCAGCUGCUGUCGCGGGAAAAGACACGUGCAGAACAGUGCAGACAAAUAAAUGCAUCUGUCUGCUCUCCCACUGGCCUUUCUUUGAUGCUUUCAAGAAGUUUCUUACCUUUCUGUAUCGUUACUCCAUUUCUGGGCCACAUGUCCUCCCCAUUGAGAAACACAUUUCCCAUUUCAUGCAUAAAGUACCUUUUCCAUCCCCUCAGAGGCCAAGAAUUCUGGUGCAGCUAUCUCCACACGAUAACCUGAUUCUUAGCCAGCCUGUGUCAUCACCACUCCCACUGAGUGGUGGCAAGUUUUCUACACUACUUCAGAAUUUAGGACCUGAAAAUGCAGUAACUCUGCUGGUGUUUGCUGUGACAGAACAUAAAAUCCUCAUCCACUCAUUGCGACCUUCUGUCCUCACGAGUGUGACAGAGGCAUUGGUCUCUAUGAUCUUUCCUUUCCACUGGCCUUGCCCAUAUAUUCCUCUGUGUCCCUUGGCACUGGCAGAUGUGCUGAGUGCCCCAUGCCCAUUCAUAGUGGGAAUUGAUUCCAGAUACUUUGAUCUCUAUGACCCCCCACCUGAUGUCAGCUGUGUUGACCUGGAUACCAACACAAUUUCUCAAACUGGAGACAAGAAAGCUAUUGCAUGGAAGAUUUUACCAAAGAAACCUUGUAAAAACCUGAUGAACACGUUAAAUAGUUUAUAUCAGCAACUGGCAGAAUUGCAACAGCGACCAAGAGAAGAUGCAUUCAUGGAAUUGGCAAUGAAUGAUUAUGAUUUUAAUUCUGGGAAGAAAUUGCAUCUGUUGGAUUUGGAGAUCCAGGAAGCAUUUCUCUGUUUCAUGGCUUCAAUCCUAAAAGGUUACAGGUCUUAUCUCAGGCCAAUAACAGAGGCACCCUCUGAAACAGCCACAGAUGCAAGUUCUCUCUUUGAACUACAAGGGUUCCUGAAGAGCAGAGACCGUUCCCAUCAGAAGUUCUACACCCUGAUGACCAAAACCCAGAUGUUCAUUCGCUUCAUUGAGGAAUGCUCUUUUGUCAGUGACAAGGAUGCCAGCCUUGCCUUCUUUGAUGACUGUGUGGAUAAAGUAGAUAUGGACAAAGCUGGGGAAACACGACUUAUAGAGCUGGAUGAGUCCUACAAGAGUGAGCACACAGUUUUCAUAACACCCCCUGAGAUCCCUCAUCUGCCAAACGGGGAAGAGCACCCUCUACAAUACAGCUAUAAUGGAUUUCCAGUAUUAAAGCUAGAAUUGUUUGAACGACCUGAAGGAUUUCUCACAGCACCAAAUAACAAACUGUCCUCAAAAGCCAGUAGCCCCAACAGCCCAUCACCAAUGUUUAGAAGAACUAAACAGGAAAUUAAAUCUGCCCACAAAAUUGCAAAGAAGUACUCCUCCAUCCCCCAGAUGUGGUCCAGGUGUUUGCUCCGCCACUGCUACGGCCUUUGGUUCAUCUGCCUCCCUGCCUAUGUGAAAGUCUGCCACUCCAAAGUCAGGGCUCUGAGAACUGCCUAUGAUGUGCUACAAAAAAUGCACACCAAAAAAAUAGAUCCACCUGACGAGGUGUGCUACAGGGUGCUCAUGCAGCUGUGUGGGCAGUACGGGCAGCCCGUGCUGGCAGUCAGGGUGCUCUUCGAAAUGCAGAAGGCUGGCAUCGACCCCAAUGCCAUCACCUAUGGCUACUACAACAAGGCUGUUUUGGAAAGCACCUGGCCUUCAAGCAAUCGAGGUGGCUAUUUCCUCUGGAUGAAAAUACGAAAUGUUGUCUUAGGAAUAGCACAGUUUAAAAAAGCAUUGAAAAAGCUACCAGCAAGCACUGCACAUCCAUCUGUUCCUGGGGGACUUUCAGACACUGCCAAUAACACAUCACUCAAAGAAGAAGCCAAGCAAGGGAAAACUUGUCUUCAAGAUAUCCAAGAACAAAAGGAGGACAAGAGAGAGAGUGACUCCAGUUCUUUGUCUGAAGUGGAGAGCACAAAAGGGAGUGGGGACUGCCUGCCCAAACUGAAUUACCAGAACUCCAGGAAUGACAAAGCCACUUCCAGCAUUGUGCGGCUCAACGGCACCGUUGACAAUACUGUGGCAGAAGGGAACAGGGAGAGUUCUGUAGGAUUGCUGUUUACAUCAUCUUUUGAGGAUGCUAAUGAAGCAGAAGUUAUAAAAAAUAAAUCCUUAAGAAAAAGACAUAAAAGUGCAGUGGAAGCUGACUUAAGGGAGAUGCCGUGGGAAAGCAGGAACAGGAACCUGAGUGGAGAUGGCUUAGUGGGACUCAUGAUAAACAGAAUCAACCAGGAAGCAAACCCUGGAGAAAUUGUUGAAAAACUGGGAGCUGAUGCCAAAAUUCUCUCUAGUGCAUUACAGAAAAGCAUAAGGCCAAAAACUCUUAAUAUCAGAUCUUCCUCUUUAGAGUCUAAGAGAGAAAGCCUGGAGAAAGAAUCCAGUGAUGAAGAUGCAGCCUUUGAUUGCAGUUUUACAGAUAAAACAGAGUCCCCCGUUAUCUUUGAUCUGGAGGACCUGGAUGCAGAACCUGAAACACCUACAGCAGUGAAAACUUCCAGUGAAAAAUCUAAAAGGUUGCAAAGAAAGAGCAGCUUUCCAGUAAAGCCAGUUGAAAAAACAGAUGUUGAAACUGGAUUUGACCCAUUGUCUCUGUUGGUUGCUGAGACAGAGCAGCAGAAAGAGGAGGAGGAGGAGGAUGAUGACAGAAGUGUUUCAACUCCUUCUGCAAGAAGAGAUUUAGCUGAAGAAAUAGUAAUGUACAUGAACAACAUGAGCAGCCCUUUGUCCAGUCGUGCCCCGAGCAUUGAGCUGCAAAAACCCUUCGAUGACAGAAAUGCCAAUAAAAGGAGCCCGACCAUUAUCCAGCCUUGUAGGAGGUCCAGCCUUCCCCCAAACUCCCCAAGGCCGCCCAGUCUUACCAAAUCCAAGAGCUACCACUCAAAAAAUGAAGAAAGGCCAAGGGACAGGCUUUGGUCUUCCCCAGCUUAUUCCCCAAACAGCCCAGCCAAGGAGCAGCCCCAGGACACAACCAGUGCUUUGACACUUGUGUCAUCACCAUCCUUCAACUUGGACACGCUGCUGACUCCCAAGUUUGAUGUUCUGAAAAGCAGCAUGUUCUCUGCUGGAAAAGGGGUUGCAGAGAAAGCAAGCAAGUGGUACUCCAAAUUUGCAAUGUAUGCUGCAUCUGCAAAGGAUCAAAAUUCAGACAGAGCAAGUGUUUCAUCCCUUGGAGCUCUGGACUCAGAAUCUACUUCUCUCACUGAUGAAGAUGUCUGCAAUGAUUUUGAAAGUGCUUCUCCUCAGGAGAAUGCCACAUCAGAAAUUAAGGGAAUUAGCAUCAGCAAGACAAGCCUGGAAAGCUCAGCUUCCCAUGAUAGCUCAGCUAAGCAAUUUGACCAGUGUGGCUCUCUUUCCAAGUUCCCUUUACCUGACAAAUCAGAGUUGGUGUCUUCCUGCAGCACCAGCAGUACCAGCGUGUUCCAGAACUAUGCCAUGGAGGUCCUCAUCUCGAGCUGUUCUCGCUGUCGGACUUGUGACUGUUUGGUUCAUGAUGAAGAAAUCAUGGCAGGCUGGACAGCAGAUGAUUCAAAUCUCAACACCACAUGUCCCUUCUGUGGCAAUUUAUUUCUGCCUUUUUUAAGCAUAGAAAUCCGAGAUCUUCGGCGGCCUGGACGGUAUUUUCUGAAGUCCAGCCCUUCUACAGAAAAUAUGCAGUUCCCAUCCCUUUUUUCCAAUCAGAGUGGGAAGUCCUGUAACACCACAGCCACUGUUGGCCUCACUACAUCUGUGAUGCCUGUCCAAGAAGAUAUCAAUUCAAAUAGCAAAUCUAAGCAGCAUGACAGUGUUUAUGCCAGAAGUAUCCAGAUUCCCUCAGGAAGAAGGCAAAAUGCCUCUGGGUCAGAAUGUACAAGUCACCCUGUGGCAAGGAGCAUCAGUACAUUUGGUCCUUUGGAAGAAGAUGAGAAGGAAAACCAGAAGAUCAGCCAUAUCAUUCCUACUGGUAGCCUGCCUGCUACUUUGCAAGGACCAACAGAUUCCUUGGGCCUGGAAUGGCGCUUGCCUAGUCCUGAUCCUAUAACGGUUCCUUACCUCAGUCCUCUCGUGGUGUGGAAAGAGCUUGAAAGCUUACUUGAAAAUGAAGGGGAUCAUGCAAUAACAGUAGCAGACUUUGUAGAUCAUCAUCCCAUCGUGUUCUGGAAUUUGGUGUGGUAUUUCAGGCGCUUGGAUUUGCCUAGCAACUUACCAGGAUUAAUACUUUCUUCUGAGCACUGCAAUAAGAACUCCAAGAUUCCACGGAACUGUAUGUCAGAGGACAGUAAAUAUGUUCUUAUUCAGAUGCUCUGGGACAACAUGAAAUUGCAUCAGGAUCCAAGGCAGCCUCUGUAUAUUCUGUGGAAUGCUCAGACCCAGAAGUACCCAAUGGUCCAGUUAUUGCAAAAAGAUGAUGACUCCUUUAACCAGGAGCUUUUGAGGAGUAUGGUGAAAAGCAUUAAGAUGAAUGAUGUGUAUGGACCAAUGAGUCAGAUACUGGAGAGGCUCAACAAGUGGCCACAUAUUAAAAGACAGAGGAGCCUUUACAGAGAAAUACUGUUUCUUUCACUUGUUGCCCUGGGAAGAGAUAACAUUGAUAUAGAUGCUUUUGACAGAGAGUACAAAAUGGCCUAUGAUCGUCUCACCGCUAAUCAAGUGAAGAACACUCAUAACUGCGAUAGACCACCCAGCACUGGAGUGAUGGAAUGCAGGAAGAUUUUUGGAGAACCAUAUCUUUAAAUACACCUGGUAAAGAGGUGAUAGCUAUGAGGUAUCCCUGUGUAAAAUAACCACUUCAGUCACAAGGAACAUCUCAGUCUUCAGUGUUGAGGAAUGUGCGUGCGAUGGACUGUGGCAGGAGGCCUCGGGAAAUUCGGCCUGGCUGCGCUUGUGGAGAUGGACAGAGAGCAAAAUGGGCCAAAUGUUAUUUCCCUGUCCCUUGUCCUUUCUGCAAAUCAGUGUGUGGAGAGGCAGGUUCUAAACAAAAUCUCUUCUCUGACUUGGGACGACAUAUUACAGCUCCCUUAAAAAAUAAAUUAAGUAACAGGUGGACAGAAACAAUGCACUGAAACUAAUGUGAGCGAAGGAAAUUCUUCAGAAUCUAUUGUUUACAUAGAAUAUUCAUGAUGUUAUGAAGAGCAUACAGAGUUGUAUUAUACAUAUUUUAAAUUGUUUAUAGUAAGUUGAUAUUUUUUUAAUUUUUUUAAAUUACUGGAGUGAAUUUUAAAUGGACUUGCUGCAGAAGCAAUACAGUGCUUAUUUUUUUUGCAGUACACUGCUAUUUAUAGUAACUUGUCCAGUUACUUUUUGAAGAGUGAUUUGUUUUUAAAGCAGAAUAGACAAUGUUAACCUUCACCUAGACAGUACUGGAGAUCCAGGAUUUCUCUCAUGCACACUUAGAAAACAUGUUACCACAGCAAUCAGAAGGAAGGUAUGGUAAAUUUUGCAAAACUCUAAUGAAUUCACUGAUGUCUCUGUGAAACACUUCUGUAGAAAUCUCCUCUUCCUCUCGUGUUCCCUUCCCUCCCCACUCCCUAGGAAAGGGAAAGCACAUUGAAGAGUGCUAUGGAUUUUGUUAUGGAGUAGCCCAUCUCAGCUGUUGGCAUUUGUUAGUGUGAUGUCAUUCCAGAUGUGCCAUGGAGCAAAUGCCAGCCUGCAGUGAGUUCUCCAUGAACACACAGUGGUUGUGUUUCAAACACUCAGUACAACACCACAUCAUGCCCAUCCAAAGCUUCUAACUCAAGUGCAUCCAGCAAACUUGCUACAGGGAAUUAUAGGGAAUGUAACUUAUUGGGGCAUAUUGUGCUUAGUUAAACAUACUUGGAAUGUUCUGUCUCUAUUUCACAGGCAAAACGAUUUUUUUUUCUCUGAAGAAAACUGCUAUAUCAGUCCUUGUGGUGGAGUCAUGGCUUUUGCCUCAUGUUUUCUUGUGUCAGACAUUUAAAAAAUGUUCUGUGCUCUCAGUCACAUAGCAACUCCUCACCAGAAGGUAGGCUACAGGGAAAAUAUCAGAAGUCUUGCAUGGAGGUGGGAAAACAGACAUUGAAAUGUAUAAAACACCCUAAACAAAUUUAAAUAAUGCUUUAACAAAUAGCUUUACUUUAAGUAAUCUUAAUGAAUUUCCACUUCUAAUUUCUUUUAGUUGUUGCUGUUAUAAUACUUCCAAAUAUUCAACUGUUACAUUAGAAUUUUAUAUUGCAGUCUGCCUACCAGUAGGUAGGUGUUUUUAAAAACAUCUUUAGUUUGCAAGUAUAAUAAACCAGCAAUAUUCAGUUAGGCAGAAAGGUGAUAAACUUUAAAGCUUACAUUUACUUUAUUAAGUGAAAUAGAGCAAGCCUUAGAGGCUUAAAUGAAAAGUAAUGCUGCUAUGAAGCUCUGUAACCUCCUCCCAGACCUCUGUAAAGUUCUAAGAAGAAGCUGCCCUAAGAAGAAAGGAUUUAAAACGUGUAGAGCUACAGGUAUGUGCUGAUAAUUGCAGGAUGUAGUCUUGGAUACAGCUUCCUUCAGGUAAUGCCUCUUCUCUAAUGUGCUGCUAAUUAUGUAGCUGACCUUUUUGCAAGUGUCCCCCCACCUGAGGUGGAGCUAGCAAUGCUACACUUACAACAUCUUUCACAUUUAAUUUAUUUUAACAAUUUGUGAUGCUCUUUUGUACUGCCAUGCUUGUACAGUAACCUUGUGCAUGAAAUGGAGCUCCUUUUUUCAGCCAGGUACAUGGUAGAGAUACCCUCUUCAUUCCUCUGAGCUAUUGUGAAAUAAACAGGCUAUUUUUGAACACAGUCCCUGUAAGUACCCCUUAGUGUGCAUGGCUGUUCUGCUCUGUACAGUAGGAAUGCUGCAUUCCCAUGGAAAUCUUGCCUCCAGUAGUUGCUGUACUUAACCUCGUAGCUGGGGAAGAUCGUGUUCCCAGCUCCCUGCACUUCUGUUUCCCAUUUGCCACUGGGGCAGCCAUGGUUCUACAGGACCUCCAAGCCAUGAAAGGAGAGAGAGCAAGUGCUUUUUCCAGAGCUGCCAUGGGGUGUUAGAGGGGCUGAGCUAUGACCCAGCUUCCCACCCCCACUGCGGGGUGGCCGAAGAGCCGAGCCCGGUCCCCGUCCCCAGGACACGGCGCAGGUGUGGGGGCAGCACGUGGCCCUUCCUCCAUCCUAGUCCCAGCCUCCUUGUAAGGACUUCAGCUGCCUCCAGGCUUAUAAACCCAACCAGUUUUACUUCUUUCCAACAUCCCCCAGCACUGUCAGGGAGUGGAUGCUGCACUGGGACAGGUUUGUCCCUGCAGCCUUCACACAAUCCCUCUGUUCCUGCAUCCCCGGCGUGGCUCUCCUGAAGUGUUGCCAAUGUUAAUUUGGGUGUGCUUCUAAAUUACUCUAUCAUAUAGUAGCUCAUCAAGUGAAAUCAUUAUACUUAAUGAAUUGUUUUAUAAGUCUGUUGCAAGUCAGUCCACUGUAGAAAUAUAUAAAAAUAGAGUUGGAAUAGCAACAUACUAUAAGUGGGAAAUUUUCCUCAUUUGAGUCAUAAUGUUCCAAAUGUAUCCUGAGAUAAUUUUUAAGCAUCAUACAAUUCAGUUUUGAAACAGUUUUCAAAUCUCACUGUCCUUUAUUAGAAAAGCAAUUUGACUAUAUUUUCCAAUACCACAAAGAUGAAUAAAUAAAAUAUUUGAGACAUAUUUUCAAUUUAAAAUUUUGUAUAAACUGAAUUUUCUCCUUUUGUGUACUAAAAAAUGCUUAUGUCCAAAACCUUAAACAAAGGUUUUACAUUUGCAGUGCAAUAUAUAUUUUGCUUUACUUAUGGUUCCACUGGAAUAAUUAUUGGAGAUGAAAUACUGAAAUGUGAAUAGAAAUUGUGCUGUUUCUCUGACACUGCUGUGUCCCAUUUGAGGAGGUUUGCUGUUGGUACAGUUACAGCCUGAUGAAUUUGACUUCCAUUGGCAAAUAAAAUGAUUUGUAUCCCAAGAAAGAGAAAAUUCCUGCAUGUAAAAUCUUAGUGUAACAAAUGGGAGAUGCAAAUAGUAAUAAUAGAGAGGGGUAUUCUGGCUAUUAUCUCAUUGGGAUUUAAAAAUGGUACUUAGUCUGCAAGCAGCACUUUUUAAAUGAAUGGUUGUAGAUUUGUAAAUAUGUAAUGUUUAAAUUUUAUUUACCAAAAACCAGUAUGUUGGAUGUUUGCUUUGGUUUGUAGUUCCUUUAAAAUAUGCAAAGUCAGUGUUCACAAUGUUAAGGUUUUUUUCUGUCUCAUCCAAAAAAAAAGUUUUACAGUGAGUCAAUAAAAAUCUUAAAAUCUU